ACGCUCGUGUCCGUGUGACGUCAGCACGUCACGUCAGCUGUUUUGUGUUUACAUCAGUUCGUUUUUUUUUUCUCUGCUAGAGUCAAGUUCAGCGCUGUAGUUUUACUGUAGUUACUUAAACAUUUCCCAACGCAAUGUGGAAACGCAGUGUUUAUGCGAUCGAUCGGCAAAACCUUGAGUGAAACGGUUGUCGAUUCCGCUCUCGCACGACUGUGCUUAGGCCUCUGUCCACUCUGACCUCGGAUACACAGUCUGAUCUUCACUAUGGGUGGUGCUGUGAGUGCUGGAGAGGACAAUGAUGAAUUGAUUGACAACCUGAAGGAGGCACACUAUAUUCGUUCAGAUUUGGUAGAGAGAGCUUUCCGGGCCAUUGACCGUGCAGAUUACUAUUUGGAGGAGUAUAGGGACAGUGCCUACAAAGACCUGGCCUGGAGGCAUGGCAACCUCCACCUGUCUGCCCCCUGCAUCUAUUCAGAAGUGAUGGAGGCACUGGAGCUGCAUCGUGGCCUUUCUUUCCUCAACCUAGGCAGUGGAACAGGUUACCUCAGCAGCAUGGUGGGCCUCAUUCUGGGUCCAUUCGGUGUGAAUCACGGUGUUGAACUGCAUGCAGAUGUAGUGGAGUAUGCCUACCAGAAACUCGAAUACUUUAUCAAAACCAGUGACAGCUUUGACAGGUUUGAAUUCUGUGAACCAUCAUUCGUGGUGGGGAACUGUCUGGAGAUUCCUCCUGAGAGCCGUCAGUAUGACAGAGUGUAUUGUGGGGCUGGAGUGCAGAAAGAAUACGAGAACUACAUGAAGAACCUACUGAAGGUUGGAGGGAUUUUAGUGCUGCCACUGGAGGAGAAGUUGACCAAGAUUACACGCAUGGGUCAGAACUCCUGGGAGACAAAGAAAAUCAUAGCUGUCACUUUUGCUCCUCUGGUACAGCCCAAACAAAGCAUUAAUGGGAGAUGCAAGACUGUGCCACUGCCGAUCUUUGAGGUGCGAACACUGCAGGAUUUGGCACGUAUCUCCAUCCGCCAUACCCUUCGCCAGCCUAUGGACCUGACAGAGAGCCGUUCCAAAAGGCGAGUAUCAUUUCCUGGCGCACGAGCCAUUCACCGCUACGGGCCACGUUUUGAACGCCGCCGUUUCUGUCGCCGCUUCUACCGCCAAUGCAUCAGCUCCACCAUCCUGCAGGAGUCUAUGAUGCCGAUGGCCACAGAUGACUGCAGCUACCCAGGAGGAGUGGAAGAAGAGGAAGAGGAGGAAGCUGAGGAGGAAAGGAAUUGCAACCAAACAGGGGAAGACCUGCAGGAAGAGGAUGAGGAGGAGGAGAGUGCAGCUGGUGAAGAAGAGGAGAGGGUUAAGCGAGCUGAGGCAUCGGUCAAUGUUCUAAGACAGAGGAUCCUGGGACUGCCCUUGCCUGAACCACUCAAGAUGUAUCUCUUAUAUUAUCGUGAGAAAUGAGUUAAAGAAUGUUAGUGGCAAUGGGCUAAAGCGAAUUUUAAAGGACCAACUAAAGGAGGCCACCCAUAAUUAAAUCAUUACCUGUUUCAAAGUGAGAUGCAAAAUAGCUGCAUUUUGGAUACAUUAAGAACUCAUAUGGGGUUUCUGCAGUUCCUUCUAACCACACUUGUUUGAGCAAUUUUUUGCAUCUCAUCUGUGAUUUCUGUCUGAUUUUAGAAACCCCAGCCCCAUUUUGCAGUGAACAAACACCUGUACAUCAUCUUCAAUAGACUGGUGGACUACUUCAGCAAGAUUAAUGUGAUGCUAUGACAUGACUGACAGUAGCAGCAUUUUUGGAUGUUUGCUGAGAUUGGUGUGUUGGAUUAAAAUCAUUGUAAUUUUUUUCUAUAGGUUUAUGAAAGCUGUUGUCUAUUGUUCAACUGCUUUCUUUGUUACAGUCUCACUUAUCAUAAGGUACUAAAUUCCAUUUGCAUGUAUUAAUGCUACGGCACACCUGCAUUUUGUUGUGAUGUGCUUCAACACUGUAUGCUGUGCAAGUCAGUCUAUGCUUUGGGGGGUUAGGGGGGCAGCUUUGCCCCAGUCAUUGCAAUGUCACUUUAAAACAAUUGGUCAGAUGUGAACAUUAUGUACAAAUUAAAUUAUAUUUUAUGCCC